AUGGAAAAUGCCUGUGGGCAGAACAACCCGCCGAACAGCAACAAAAGAAUAUUUACAAGACUUAUGGAGGCAAUAGAGAAUCUCUCAUGCAAUGAUGGAAAGGUAGGCAUGCAGCAAGAUGGUUGCAACAAGAUAUACGAAAAGUGGAGUGAGGAGAAAAUACAAUUUAUGAGAAAGUAUGGGCACAUGAAGUGA